AUGUCCUCCUCCGACGACAACGACCAAAACCCUCCUCCUCCCACCGGCCUCGAAACCACCUUCUCCCGCCUCCUCUCCCGCCGCCGCUCCCGCUCCCUCCUCCGGCGCCUCACCACCGCUCCCCCCGGCACCGUCGACUUCUCCUCCAACGACUACCUCUCCCUCUCCACCCACCCCGAAAUCCGACGCACCUUCCUCUCCCUCCUCCAAGCAGUACCCGACCCCACAACCACCACCACAUCCAGCACUCCCCCCACUGCCCUAGCACCAUCACCUCCUCCUCCUCCUCCCCCCAUCGGCUCCCGCGGCUCCCGCCUCCUCGACGGCAACACCCCGCUCGCCACCCGCCUCGAAUCCCUCAUCGCCGCCCACCACCGCGCCCCGGCCGGCCUGCUCUUCAACAGCGGUUUCGACGCCAACGCCGGCUUCUUCUCCUGCGUGCCGCAAUCCGGAUCGUCCUCGUCGGCAUCGGGCGCGGCGGGUGCGGCGGGUGGCGGCGACUACAUCGUGUACGACGAAUUCAUCCACGCGAGCGUGCACGACGGGAUGCGGUUGUCGCGGGUGCCGGCGGGGCGGCGGGUGGCGUUUGCGCAUAAUUCGGUGGCGGGGCUGCGGGGGGUGCUGGAGGGGAUUGUGGGGGAAAAAGAUGGCGGCGAGGGGGAGAGGGUGCGGCGGGGGGAGGCGAAUGUGUUUGUGGCGGUGGAGGCGGUGUAUAGCAUGGAUGGGGACGUGGCGCCGUUGCGGGAGAUGCUGGAUGUGGUGGAGGAGGUGUUGCCGGCGGGGAACGGGUACGUCGUUGUGGACGAGGCGCACGCGGCGGGCGUGUUUGGGGAGGAAGGGAGGGGGUUGGCGUGCGAGGUCGGGGUGGAGAGGAGGGUGUUUGCGCGGGUGGUGACGUUUGGGAAGGCGUUGGGGAGUCAGGGUGCGAUAAUCCUCUGCACCCCCCUCACCCGCUCCUACCUCAUCAACUACGCCCGCCCCCUCAUAUACACCACCGCCCUCUCCCACCCCUCCCUCGCCAGCAUCCUCGCAACCUACACCUUCCUCACCGCCGGCAAAACCGCUCCACUCCUAACCCACCUCCACACCCUAACCCGCCACCUCCACGCCCUCCUCACGCGCCUCAUAUCCCACCACCACCACCACCACCCCGGCGGCCGCCGCCGUCCCCUCCUCGCCCUCUCUCCGCUCCCCACCACCACGCUCGCCCCUUCCCCCAUCCUGCCCAUCUUCACGCCCCACCCGCGCCACCUCGCCGCUUGCUGCCAACGCGCGGGAUACACGGUCCGCGCGAUAGUGGCGCCGACGGUGCCGCGGGGGCAGGAGAGGGUGCGGGUGUGUCUGCAUGCGGGGAACACGCUGGAGGAGGUGGAGGGGCUGGUGGGGGUCGUGGGGCGGUGGGUGGGGGAGAGAUGCAAAGAGUUGGAGGGAGGGGAGGGAGGGAGGCGGGAAGGGGAGGGAGGCGGCGCGGCGGUGGUGGUGGCGGAGGACAGGGUCGUUUUGGAGAAGGCGAGGUUGUGA